UGUUUCUAAAUUAUUCAGCAUAUCAAAAACAAUAUUCACAACACACCCAAAAUACACCGCUGCUUUCCGCCAUAGUUUGUCCAAAUUGCCACUUUGCCAUGUGUCUGGAGAGCAAACCGGGCAACAGCAAAACGUUGUCGCUGAUCAAUCAAGGCUACCAAAUCCUGGCCGAAUACCAAUUGGUCGAGCAGGAGCAGCUUAGGGGCAUCUAUGCGAUACCCAGCUACUCCAGCUGUUUGCUGUGGUUCGGAGUGAUCUUCAUACACAGCGGCUGCUAUGCGGAGAGUGUGUUCCGUUUCUCCAUCCUGCUGCCGGAUCAGUUUCCCAAUGAGCGCACCCUGCCCACUGUUAUCUUUCAGCAGGAUAUAUUUCAUCCGCACAUUUGUCCAAUUUCGCAUAGUCUGGAUCUGAGGUGCUUGCUCAAGGAUUGGGUCAAGGAUGAGCAUCACAUUUGGCAUAUACUCAAGUAUAUUCAGGCCAUCUUUGCCGAUCCCGAGGGCAGCAUCAUCGGCAAUGGCGUUGCCAGACCUCUGACCGAGCUCAACAAUUUCAAGGCAUUCCAUUUGCUCAGUCAGAAUCGCAUCGAUUAUGUGUUGCGCGUGAGAAACAGCAUCCUGUGGAGUUGCAAGCACAUGUUCGAUAAGCCACCCAUCAAGGAUCCCCACUAUAUUGUCCUCGAACGGUAUUUGCCCCAUAAGCAUCUGGCUGUGAUGAAGAGCUCGCAUUCGCAGUGAGCCUAUAACUAUAUAUUAUAUUGCCACAAAUAAUUGUUAUCAUUACCAAGCAUAUUCGUUGCCAUUUUAUGUAUUAAAAUUCAAGUUCUGAUUUCA